ACCAACAGAAAUUAAACUUCCUCAAUUCGCAAGAACCAUCGCCAUCAUCAUGAGUGUGGAGAUCCUCGACGGCAAGACGAUCCGGAGCUUCGUGGAGGACGAGGGCGCCUUCAACUCCUCGGUCGACGGGAGGUUCGCCGCGCUUGACGCCGACCGCGACGGCCUGCUCUCCUACGCGGAGAUGGCCAACGAGCUGAUGAGCCUCCGUGUUCUCGAGAAGCACUACGGCGUCGACGAGGCUGCCAUGGGCGCCGACGAGCUCGCGGAGCUGUACCACGACAUGUUCGCGCAGUUCGACCGCGACGGUAAUGGCACGGUGGACCUGGAUGAGUUCCGGGCCGAGAUGAAGGAGGUGUUGCUGGCCGUCGCCAACGGGCUCGGGUUCCUGCCGGUGCAGAUGGUCGUCGAGGAAGGCAGCUUUCUGAAAGUGGCCGUCGACAGAGAGCUGGCCAAAGCUGCUUAAAUAUUACCUGAACCGGCGAGCAAAUUAAUUUGAUUGCUUUUUUGGCUUUGUUGAGAGCUAUAUUUCAUUGUUAAUUACAGGCUACCUUCAGUGAGUCACUGACAUCAUCUGCGCAUAUGGCAGAACGUCAUAAUGUGAUUCACAGUCCACAAACAAGUUUUAAUGACGAGAACUCGUUGAGCUUAAUUAUGUAUGUAUAC